UUUCAAUUUUGCGGCACUUUUGUUUCGCAUUUAUCCAAAGCUCGUCGGUAUCCUAUCCAUCUUUAUUUUUUUAAACCUUCCAAAAUGUCUGGAAAGGCCUUAAAUAUUGGCGAUCAGUUUCCCAACUUCUCAGCUGAAACGAGCGUGGGAAAGAUAGACUUUUACGACUGGAAGGGUGAUAGCUGGGCUAUUCUGUUCUCCCACCCGGCAGAUUAUACGCCAGUUUGCACUACGGAAUUAUCCCGUGUUGCGGCUCUAAUUCCGGAAUUCCUAAAACGCGGGGUCAAGCCAAUAGCUUUGUCCUGUGACACUGUGGAAUCGCACAAAGGAUGGAUCGAGGACAUCAAGAGUUUUGGCAAACUUGCAAGCUUCGAUUAUCCCAUCAUUGCGGAUGACAAGCGGGAACUGGCCCUCAAGUUCAACAUGCUGGACAAGGACGAGAUCAAUGCCGAGGGUAUUCCCCUCACCUGUCGCGCUGUUUUUGUGGUGGAUGACAAGAAGAAGCUACGCCUAUCCAUCCUGUAUCCUGCCACCACAGGUCGCAAUUUCGAUGAAAUCCUUCGAGUGAUCGACUCACUCCAAUUGACCCAAACAAAGAGUGUGGCCACGCCUGCAGAUUGGCAAAAGGGCGGCAAGUGCAUGGUUUUGCCCACCGUGAAAGCCGAAGAUGUUCCCAAGCUCUUUCCCCAGGGCAUCGAAACAAUUGAAGUCCCGUCCGGAAAGAGUUAUCUACGUAUUACCCCACAGCCCUAAAGAGGCACAAGUCUAUUUUCAUAUACGACUUUAUUACAAAAAUUAUAAUUAUUAACAAAUAAUGCACAAUAAAGUAUACGCUUACAACCGUAUUUCAGCAGGUCGGCGCUUUUAGAAUGCCAAAACUCGCCUCCUGCUGGACAAAAGUGCCAAAAA